AACCCCGUAGCGCCGCCGGGACCGGGACAAACGGGGUCAAUUGAUGAUUCGGAUUGGGCAUACAGCUAACCUUUGGUCCACAGGCCGCGGUAUCGGCAGGGAAAUGGCGCUGGAACUGGGACGCCGGGGAGCCAAGGUGAUUGUAAACUACGCCAACAGCGACUCGGCGGCGCAGGAGGUGGUCAACCUGAUCAAGAAGAACGGGUCCGACGCGGCGUGCGUCAAGGCCAACGUGGCCAAUGUCGACGAGAUUGUGCGCAUGUUUAACGAGGCCAAGGAAAAGUUCGGCAAGCUCGACAUUGUGUGCUCAAACAGCGGCGUCGUCUCCUUCGGCCACAUCAAGGAUGUGACUCCCGAGGAGUUUGACCGUGUCUUCAACAUCAACACGCGCGGCCAGUUCUUCGUGGCCCGCGAGGCCUACAAGAACCUCGAGGUUGGCGGCCGCCUCAUCCUCAUGGGCUCCAUCACGGGCCAGGCCAAGGGCGUCCCCAAGCACACCGUCUACUCAGGCAGCAAGGGCGCCAUCGAGACCUUUGUCCGCUGCAUGGCUAUUGACUUUGGCGACAAGAAGAUCACGGUCAAUGCCAUCGCCCCCGGCGGCAUCAAGACCGACAUGUACCACGCCGUCUGCAGGGAGUACAUCCCCAACGGCGACAAGCUGGACAACGAGGGUGUUGACGAGUACGCGGCAGGCUGGUCUCCGCUCCACCGUGUUGGUCUCCCGAUCGACAUCGCCCGUGUUGUCUGCUUCCUGGCGUCCCAGGACGGCGAGUGGGUCAACGGCAAGGUCAUUGGCAUUGACGGCGCUGCUUGCAUGUAAACUUGACUUAGACAGCAUCUGCUUUAAUUUGACGAGUAUACUUUGUCUUGAAG